AUGAAGUCCCCCAUCCCCGACUACCUCAACAAGGUACUCGACAGAGUGCGCGAUGACACCUCUGGCGCCAAUGCAGACUACAUUGAGGCUCUCGCCAAGGCGGACCCGGACAAGAUGGCCGUCGCCGUGGCCACUGUCGACGGCCAGGUCUACUCGGUAGGCGACGACGACGUCGAGUUCUCGAUGCAGUCCAUCUCCAAGGCCUUUGUGUACGCCCUCGCCAUUGAGGACAGAGGCCUAUCCGGCGUCCUCGCCAAGAUUGGCGUGGAACCGUCGGGUGACGUGUUCAACAAGCUGUCCCUGGAAGCGGGCUCAAACAAGCCCAUGAACCCCAUGAUCAACGCAGGCGCCAUCACCGCCCACUCGCUCGUCGGUCCCCCCGAUGCCACGGCGGAGGUCAGGGUGGCGCGCAUCCUCAAGGGUAUGUCCAUGCUGGCAGGUCGAGAGCUCAAGGUCGACGAAGCCGUCUAUGAAGCAGAGAUGAAGGACUGGCACCGGAACAUGGGGCUCGGCUUCAUGCUCAAGGCGGCCGGCAUCAUCGAAUGCGACCCCGCCGAGGCCGUCAAGGGGUACAUUCGUCAGUGCUCCAUCAACGUCACCGUCCGCGACCUGGCCAUCAUGGCUGGCACGCUGGGCAACGGCGGCGUGCACCCCGUCACAGGCAAGAGGGUGAUUCCCAGCCUCAGCGUUCGACAGGUCCUGUCCGUCAUGACCACCUGUGGCAUGUACGACGCGGCUGGCGACUGGGUGUCACGCGUGGGUAUUCCCGCCAAGAGCGGCGUGGCGGGUGGCAUUAUCGGUGCCCUGCCUGGCCAGAUUGGUCUCGCGGUCUUCUCCCCACGGCUCGACAAGAAGGGCAACAGUGUGCGAGGCAUGAGCAUGUGCGAGCAUCUCUCCAACGACAUGGGCAUGCACAUGAUGGACAUUACCCAGGUGGGACGGGCCACGGUGCACACAAAGGUCAUGACCAUUGCUGGCGGGGUCAAGCAGGAGGGGAACGAGGUCGAGAUCCCCAUAUUUGAAUUGCGCGGCGCCAUCCGCUUCGCAGGCGCGGAGCGCUUCACGCGCGCUCUCGUGGAGCAGCUCGCGGCGCCCUCUGAGGCCCGACCGACGCACGGUAAGCACCACAAUGCAUGUGCCAUUGUCUUCUCGUUGAAGGAGGCCUACUCGCUGAACGAUGUGGCACAGAAGUUGUUGCGUGAGGACUGCUGGCGCGUGAUGAGUGAGGGUCGCAAGCUCGUGGUGAUCGACCCAAACAGAGUCCUGAGCCUAAAGGGGAACGACGAGCUGGAGAAGAACCCACCCAAGAUUGUCAAGUCGAGACAGGAGGCGAGGCGAUAUAUUGGUGGUGCUGGGUGCCACAAGGUCUCGAGCCACAGCGACUCGGGCGUUGACAUAUAG